AUGUACAGAACUACAAGGUCCCCUAUGAUGCAGCCUCUGGUCAACUCAGGAAUGGGCAUGGCUCCUUUCUUCAAGGUAAACACAAACUCUUUGAGCACAAAUCAGGUGACUGUGGCAGAGCUCCAACCUUAUGUGGUAACUCUUAACUCUUAUGUUGUCUUUGUCUUGAUAGAGGAGGUAUUUAUAUUGAAAUAGCAACACCUUUCUUUUAAUAGCAGGAAUGAUCAAGCAGAUUUAAAUGUCACUCUGUCUGUAUCCAAAGUCUCUGCAUGUGUAAUACUACUGUCAACUUAACUUGCCUUUUCUUCCUUGUUGCCUUUUUCUCAUCAACACCCACAGGUGACUGUCUUUGAGCAGGAGCAUUUCCAGGGCAAGUGCCUGGAGUUCACCUCUGAGUGCUCCAACAUCCAGGAGUGUGGGCUGGACAACAUCCGCUCCAUCAGGGUGGAGAGCGGGGCGUAAGUUCUGCGUCACAAAUGAUGUGUGACAAGAGGAGUUUUAGUGCGAUGUUAACGGCUCUUUUUCUUCUCAUGAACAGCUGGGUGGGUUUUGAGCACCAUGACUUCCAGGGCCAGCAGUUCAUCCUGGAGAGAGGAGAGUACCCUCACUGGGAUGCUUACAGCGGAUCCCUCUCUUACCACGUGGAGCGCCUUAUGUCUCUGCGCCCCAUCUGCUGCGCUGUGAGUUACAUCCUGCUAAUCAGAGAUUCUCAGGUGACACCUAACUCGGGAGGAAAAAAACAAACCCAGCUGUUCAUCUCUCUCCUUCCUUCUAUAGUCUCACCAGAGCAGUCGCAUGAUUAUCUUUGAGAAGGAGAACUUCCUGGGUCGCAGUGUGGAGAUCUGCGACGACUACCCCUCUCUGCAGGCUAUGGGCUGGAUUAUGCCAGAGGUCGGCUCCAUGCAUGUGCAGUGUGGCGCGUAAGUACCUGUGAAUGAGUAACAGGAUGCACCUUUUCAAUAAUGCAGCUCCUGAAACUGAAUCACAACACUGAUUAAUCUUGUUUCAAAGCUGUCGGUCUGUGUUAGUCUUAGAAAAGAAGCUGGAUUAUAGAAGCAUGUUUUCUAUUUAAUAGGCAUACCUGCUUAAAGCUCUACAUCCCACUCUGUCACAGCGGCCCUUAAAAUAGUCUUGCUAACACUUUGUACCUUCUCUGCUCCUCUGUCAGCUUUGUGUGCUACCAGUUCCCCGGCUACAGGGGCCAGCAGUACAUCAUGGAGUGUGAGAAACACAGUGGAGACUACCAGCAGUGCAAGUCCUGGGGCUCCCACUGUCAGACCCCUCAGAUCCAGUCCAUCAGGCGUAUCCAGCACUGAGAGGAGGACAGGAUGAGACUGAGACAGCAACCUCUUCUUUCACCGAUAACCCCUUCCUUUUUCUCUCUCUCCUUAUUGUUUUCUUCCUCAUGACUUGAGCCACCCUGACCCG